AUGGAUUAGGUUUAAUUUCUUAUUGUUUAAUUAUUUUUUAUCAAAAUAAAAAUUCUUGUAAUGCUGGAAUAUUUACAAUUAUUUUAAAUCGUUUAGGAGAUAGAGCUUUAUUAGUUUUAUCAUCAAUAAUAUUAAUAUUUGGAAGUUGAAAUUUAUUAUUAUUUGAAAUAGAUUCAACUAUAAUAUUUUUAAUUAUUUUAAUAAUUUUAACUAAAAGAGCACAAAUUCCUUUUUCUUCAUGAUUAACAAAAGCAAUAAUAGCUCCAACUCCAGUUUCAGCAUUAGUUCAUUCAUCAACAUUAGUUACAGCUGGAAUUUAUUUAAUAAUUCGUUAUAAUGAAAUAUUAGAUUUAAAUUUUAAAAAUUCAAUUUUAUUUAUUUCAAGAAUAACUAUAUUAAUUGCAGGUAUUAUUGCAAAUUUUGAAUUAGAUAUUAAAAAAAUUAUUGCUUAUUCAACUUUAAGACAAUUAGGAUUUAUAAUUAGAAUUUUAUCUAUAAAUUUAGAAAAUUUAGCUUUUAUUCAUUUAUGUAUUCAUGCAAUAUUUAAAUCAUUAAUAUUUAUAUGUGUAGGAAGAUAUAUUCAUUAUUUACAUAAUAAUCAAAAUAUUAAAUUUUAUACAGGAAUAUUUUAUAUUUAUCCAAUAAAAAGAAUUAUUUUUAUUUUUUCAUUAAUAAGAUUAAUAGGUUUUCCAUUUUUAGUUGGAUUUUAUUCUAAAGAUUUAAUAAUUGAAUAUUUUUUAAUUUCUAAUAAAAUAAAU